GUACGUAACUUCCUUUUAAAACAUGGCGGCGCCCUAAAGGAAAGUCACACUGUCUCUCCGGGGGAAAACAUACGCUUCUUAUCGUUCAAUACAUCAUCUCUGCAAGGAGUUAAAAAGCGGCGGCAUCUGAAAAGAUUUGUCUUUACGUCCUACACGCGUCCUCUGAGGAUAUUUCCGCAGACACCAUGGUACAUUUAUCAUCACUCCUACUAAAGAAGUACCACGGAGGUCACGUUGUGAUUCGAUUCGCUCUUGCGGGCCACAAACAGGCUAACAGACCAUUUUAUCGCAUUGUGGCAGCUUACAACAAAAGGGCAAGAGAUGGUAAAUAUAUUGAGCAGCUGGGUUCCUACGACCCGCUUCCGAACAUCUACAACGAGAAACUUGUCAGUUUCAAUUUCGACCGAAUCAAGUAUUGGAUUGGAUGUGGAGCACACCCUACAAAGCCGGUUGCCAAACUCCUGGGGUUGGCCGGAUUUUUCCCUCUUCACCCCAUGACAAUAACAGAGGCAGAGCGCCGAGGAGCCCAAAUGGAGACAGAAACAGAGGAAUCUCCGAAAGAGGGACAGAAGCAGGCUGAUGUUGAGAGUUAAAGCUGUGGACUUUGCGUGACCAUCCAGUUGCCACAAUUAUUUUGAAAAAUAACUCACUAAUUUGACUUGCUGUGUGAACUGUUCAUGAAAACUCAAAAUAUGUCAUAUUGUAGUUUUGGCUCUGUCAGUAGCUUCUUCAUGUGAUUAAUUUUUGAUCAGAUGCUUCAUAAAAUUGCAUCUUUUUCUUUAAUACAGUUAUAUAAUUUUAGACAGCAGCAGUUUGCAUAUGGUGUUUUAUGAGACCUAAUUAAAGUAUUUCAAUAUAACUGCGUCUGUUUGGGGUUUAGUUGCAGAUUGUAUUUAUUAUCCUGUGUCUUAACGAAGGCCUUUAUUGCUUAUUCACGCUAACAAAGCAUUUUUAAUGAAUAUCAGUUUGUUUUGUUUACUUUGAAAUGGAUUCAUAAAUAUUGAAAUCAUUCCAUC